UUUGGCUUAAAAUUCCAACCUCGCAAGUAAUCGAUCUCCUUCUAACCUUAAAAAAACGCAGCACAUUUCAAGAAUUUCACACUCUCCUUCUCGUGGAUAAGAUCUUAACAAUAUAUCUGUUUCAAGGGGACCCACAUCUCAACAAAUUCUACCUAAAUCAACAACAACCUAUUAAGGAUCAUUUUUCUCUUUCCGGUAAAUUCUGUGCAGAGGAACCGGUUUCUGCAGAUUUAGCCACCGAUUAGAUAUGAUAAGUUUGAGGAGUUUCUAGAUUCAUCUUCUCUCUUAUCCUCUAUUUGUCUGUUUUAUAAUCUGAUUGCGUCAAGUGGAUUAGUGUUGGUGGUGUACAAGUCAAUGGUUAAGUUGAAAUGAGAGAAUUUGAAUGAGAAAGAAAAUCGAACUGUCUUGCGAUGGAGAAUUCUUACAAGGUUAAUGGAAAUGGAUCAACUGAAAAUGGAUACUCUAUUGCUAGGCGCACAAACUCUUAUCAACCCUCCUUAAAGGGUUCGUUACCGUGGUUGGAUAUAAGGGUGUUUUACGUAAGAGUUUGCAAGUGUGAGUUUGAUAAUACCACUCCCGAGGUACUCACUCUUAACCAUGUUCCUUUAAAUCCCGAUACCCUUCUUGAAGUUAAUGGCGUUCGUAGUAGUAUAUACUCUGAUGGGAUGUCAACCCUUCUCAAGAGGGAUAGAGUAGAUCGAAAAUCAGAAGAAGUUACAUUUGUAAGCACCGAUAGUAUAAGGAUGAGCGGUAGUGUGAGGUUUGAGGUGUUUGAUAAAGAUAAUCUGCUUCUUUUUGGUGCUUUAGAAUUAUGUAACAGCAAUGGUGUUGUUAAAGAAUCGAAUUCUAAUGGACAAAGUUGGAGUAUGAAGUGUGAGUCGAACAUAAUUCCUGGCAUGAGGUUCUUUAAGGAGAAACAAUUGUUGUUGCCAGAAACAACUCUUCCAACAAUUGAGGUCUACAUUGCAGGGUCCUUCUCCGGUACUCCAAUCAUCUUAACGAAGACAUUGCAUCUUAGUUCUCAAAAAAGACAUUCAAGGAAAGGGAUGUUGAAUGCAAUUCCAGAGAAUGAUGCAAAUGAAAAUGGAAAAGAUCCUUCUUCUGCACUUGCUUUGCAGGGCCCAGAUUACAUGCACGACAAACACGAAGACGAGGAUUAUCACAGCCUUUACACAAGAACAGCAUACGCUGAUGGCGAAGAUGGCGAACUUUCAUGGUUUAACGCUGGUGUUAGGGUUGGCGUUGGUAUUGGACUCAGUGUUUGUCUUGGAAUCGGCAUUGGAGUCGGCAUAAUGGUUAAAACAUAUCAAGGUGCUACGGGCCAAUUCAGAAGACGGCUACUGUAAACUACUCAAGCUUUCUUCUCUUCAUCCAAAUAAAACUAACCUUAGCUUUGUUCAUCUCCAUCUUGGUCCAAAGGAAACUUGUUAAUGUCUUGUCCAUUGAGUGCAGGAUAUAUAUAUAAAUAUAAUUUUGGCUUGUUUGUUAUAUGUAAUAUAAUAUAGUUUUGUUUUUUGUUACAUUAUCUACCAGUUAUGAUGUUUGAGUAAAGCAUGAAGUUUUUGAUUC